AUGAUCAUCGCUGGAUCUAACAUGGACACCUCACCUCUUGAAUGGCAUCCUUUACUCCGAUGUCGCCCUACCAUAUACAUGUGCACACGAUCCUAUUUGCCCAAUUUGUUCCAAAGCCCCUGCGACCAAGUUUCGGCUCUGUUAGGUGACCAUGUGUGUUUGAACAAUCCCAGGAGGCGUCUCGUUCAGUGA